CUGCAAUUUCACAGCGACACCGGUCGCAUUUCUGUCGCAUACUCACUUCCGAAGUGUCGCUAUCAUGGACUUGCAACCUCCAUCCGUGCUGGCUCAGUUGCCUCGCCCAUUGCACGCCUCUACUGGCAAAACUCACAUUGGCGAUGUCUUCAGCCUGGCCGAGUCGAAAAAGCGCAAGCGACACGAAGUCGUCGUUGCCGCCGAUGGAGAAGCCGUGAAUAUCUACAACAUCCAAACCCCUAAACUGGUGACCUCCUAUGCCGUCCCGCCGCAAUCGUCCUUCACCUGCCAGCCCUGCUCGGUGCGCAGAAAGAUUCCCAGCAAAGCUGUGGUCAGGAGACAGACAUACAUUGCUUUGAAGCAGCAGAUCAAGGCUUUCGUAGAGGAAAGUGGUGGCAAUGGAUCAAGUGCCCCCGUUAUCUCCUCGUCCUCCUACUCCAUAAGCGACUCAGAGAGCCCAGUCAACUUCGUGGGGAUUGUUCCGGGUCCUUCCACCGAAGAGGAACAGGAGAGUUCGUUCGACAUCCUCGCCGCUCACCAAGAUGGUCGCAUCCGAAGACUUUCUCCCGACCUCAAGAACCAGCGGUGGAGUCUGAAACACAGCGAGGUGACUAAGAUCAGCUCGACACACAGCGUCAACGCAUGCUUCCUGGUAGAAUUCGAGGAUGCGAAGAAGUCUCUGCUCAAGCGCCGGCAGGAUCUGACGGCUCUUGCGCUCGGCAGCCUCACGGAUUCUGGCGUUGAUGAACCUUCAAUUCUGUUGGUUGUUUCGCACCCCAAUGGUUCCGACCCGCUCAAGCUCAGCGACGUCAAAGUUCAAAUGUUCUCCGUGCCCUCCACUGUCGCCAGUGUGGAGCGUAGUAUUGAUGAAAGCCAGAAGAUGAGACACCUCCUCACAAUCAGCAUCCCCGAGGUCAGCGGACAAGAGACGGUUGACCGUCAUGGCUCACAGUGGUCCUUCCACUCAGGAUCGGCUGGACUGAGCCUUUCGUUCCCCCACGGACACAUCAACUUCGAUCUCUCCCAGUACGCCCCUACACUGACGUCGAAAUUCAUUCUCGGAGAAACCUUUUCAUCCAUCAUGCGCAUCUCCCCUCAAUCCGUGAUCGGCGCAAGCCAUUCGAUGAUUGCCGUGUAUGAUACCCAAUACAAGUCUAUCCAGCGGAGCAUCGCAGUCAGCGACGUCCCAACAAGUGGCUCCUCCAGUACUCAGGCACCCACCACUUUCGUCACCUAUUUCGCCCGAUUGGGGGUCGCGCUCGCCACAAAAAACAGCACCCUGUUGGCAUUCGACCUCAGCUCAUCCAAUCCGGCCGCGGCACCCGCCAAACGCCCCAGAGACGGUCUGUUGAUUGACGCCAUCGGCCGCGGUAUCGGAUCUUCGUGGGACUCCAGCUCGAAGAAGCAGCGAACGGAAGACCCGGCAGUUCUUGGACUGAGCGCCAAGAAGGCGGCGAAAUGGACGCAACUGACCAGCGAUCUCCGCGAGUGUGUCAAGAAUAACAAUGCCAGCGACUUCGACAGCGCCGUCCAGCGGUUUUUCGGCGUCGGGGAGUCCAAGACCCUCCCGGGACCCGAGAAGUUCGUCAACCCGGAAAUGACGCUCUUCCUUUUGACCUUGAUCUUCACCCUUUCGGAGGACGGACAAAGCAGCAACGACAAGCUCUCUACGCCCAGCUCGUCCCGCCUGUCCAUCGCCAUCUGGCCCGAACAGACGUGCCAGUGGCUCAUCAACAUCGGCCACCUCUCCCAAGCCAACGUCGAAGUCGCCCUGCGACGAAGCAUCAAACCACGGAUUUUGCAACAACUGCCCGUCGGCUCCUUCGUCCAGGGACUGGCCGACUCCGAACCGACCCUGCAAAGACUGAACAGCGUGUUGAGCGGGCGCCGCGUGCUGCUCUCGACGGACGAACUCACCUACGCGCUGCGCCUCUUCCUCGACAAGGCACGCUCCAGCGCCAUCAUUCUCGAAGAAGAACGCGCCAAGCUCCUCUCCCAAGACCAGGAAAUGUCCGACUCCACCACCACCACCACCACCAACACCCCCAACACAUCCUCAGCUAUCGCGCACAUCCCCUCCACUGACGAGCCCGAGCCCGCCACCCUCCACAACAUCUACAAGGGCCUCAACAUGACCCUGCGCAAACUCCACACCCAUCCCGCCGCGACCCUCACCCCCUCCCUCCGCUCGGCCCUCACCCGCACCGAACUGAUCUCCAUGAUCCACCACCUCCGCCUCUGCCUCGCCACCAGCGGCCACACCACCCGCUUCACCGAGAACCCCCCCACCCCGAUCUCCGCCGACCAGACCAACCCCCCGCUCUCCCUCGACACCAUCACCACCUGCCUCAACGCCGCCAUCGACGCCAUCGGGCCCUCGGGCUGGAUUGCCGCUGGUGCGGGUGCGGGUGCAGCGGAAGGCCCCGAAAGCAGCAGCCAGGAUCUCAUCGCCGACAUCAAGUCCGAGAUCUCCGCGGCUCUCGCCGGCGUCGAAGAGGCGACCUACCUCACGGGUAUCCUGCGCGAAUACCUGCGCUACACCAACAGCGUUAAGGCCACCGCCACCGCCUCCACUGCCGAUUCCUCCUCCGCCCUCUUGCCUGCGUCAGCAGCAGCAGCAGCAGCAACAGCAACAGCAGCCGACGAGCACCAACCCCUCAGCAACACCAACAUCCGGUACGAGAAGCUCAACGGUGCCGACCUGGUCGUCUUUGGCCCCGUCGAUGAUGAGGAAGGUACCGCGGAUGCGAGCGGCAAGCUGCUGCCUCUGUCGCUCAAGGCCCCCGUCACGGACGUCAGCAAGACCAAGGUUAAGAAGGAGACGGGAGAGGUGAAGAAUCGCAGCAGUAGAGAGAUCGGGUAUCUGCGCCGUAAGGCGGUGGGCAAGUAUUCUUUCGAGAGGCUUUUUGUAUAGACACACACACAUCAUCAUCAUCACACAUAUACACAGAACAAGGCAUCCCAAUGCAUUCCCCACACGGUUGUUUACUGAAAUCUAAAAAGUGAUGUUCU